GGGCUUGUGUGAAGUGGGAUCUUUGAGUGGCUUUUGAUCGAUUCGAAUCUCGGUUUCGUCCCCGUCAACAUCUGAACGGUUGGACUACCGUCUCUCUCGUCGGGUUUUUCCCUUAUCCAAUCCGUCCGUAUCCGAUCGUUUUUCAUACCCGCGGAAGGACCGCUAGAAGAGACCUCGACCUUCUGCUCAGCGAGUCAGGGAAUAAUGGCAUCCAACAGUUCCACCAGAGACGACCAUCGUCUUUCCUUUGCAAAGAUUGCGGCCAUGCCUCCACCAUCAAUCCCGGAAGCUCCCGUCUUACCUGACGAGGUGCACGGCUCACAGUCGGUCGACGGCCUCUCAUGUUCCGAACAGCAUGGCUCGGAACACGUCCCCUCCGACCAGGGAGCCUCGAGUAACGUCCGAGACGAGGCUGCCACUGUGGAUCGAAACGUCGACUGUCUAUCCCAGGCCGUGCAUAACGUCCACAUCGAAGAAAAAAAGUAUCAUGGCAGCCCUGUGUUCUCCGGUGAAGCCCCAGACAGCGGUUCUCUGAAACGGGAGACCUCAUUUGAGGAUGACCGUACCCACCUUUCGAACUCUUCGACCAAGCCCACGAGCUUCGAUUCUAAGAGCAUGGCAUCGGUGACUACAUUCGCAAUGGACGAGAAAGAUUCACUGCGUCCCGAUGAUAGUGCUAGCGUCCAAGCUGUGGAUGAGGAGGAGUCCCUAUCCGGGCCUGCCUCCGGUGCCCCGAACUCGUUGACAGGCUCAGAGUCGGGUGCCCGUGGUUUUCGGGACCUACAAAGACCGCGAGGAAUACUGCAGCCUCCGGGCCCGAUCUUUAAUGAUGGUAUCCAGCGCACAAACGGUGCCGUUAUUCCGGACACUGUCGCAAACAAUUACGCCGUCCCGAAUGCUGAUGCUUUCCUAAAUGGACGGCCUAUCCAUGGGUUCCCAUCAGAGCCGGACGAGAAACUUCUUGAGGCUAUGAAAUCUCCCAAGGACCGUCUUCUGAUACUUCAACUAGAGGAGAAAGUCCGACACUUUAUACAAACUUCCAAGGAGCAUUCUUUGGAGCUGCCACCUUCAAACGCUUUUGGACGGCUCCUCGCGCAUAAGCUGGGCGAUUACUAUCAUUUGACCCACUUUGUUGACAACAACGUCACGUCUGUCAGACUUCACCGGACCCCGUUCUGUCGGCUGCCCACACCACUCUCGGUUCUGCACGCUGCGAGCAGCAGUACCCCGCCUCCAGCCAUGCCUGCCAUGAAAAUCAUGCGUCGUACUGAUAGCGAACGACCCUCCACAGAAGGAAGCAUUGCGGCAAGUUCCUCCGCUCCAUCGAAGAAUGGUUCAGAGGCCGGCGACAGUGGUGAUGGGGAGCGCGGCGGUUCCUCCGCCGGCGCUACCCCGGCCAAAGACAGGCUGGCUUUGACCCGGGAGGAGCGAGAAGCCAAGUAUCAGGAAGCUAGGGAGCGGAUCUUCCGGGAUUUUGCGGAGCCGAAGCCUUCUGAGAAUGCGAAUGGCGAGAUCGGUGCCAAUAUGUCACGCUCGAGUUCGGCGAGCGGACGCAGAAAGGGACACAGGCAGAAAACUCCUCAUGAUGACAGUUUCGAAGCUCGGUCUCAAUUCAACGCAUAUUAUCCUGGGAUGCACUACACCAAUGGGACCAUGCCUUACGGCAUGGCUAUGAACGAUCCGUCUUUCCCCAACCAGCCUUGCAUGGUUGGCCCGGGCGUGUCCCCGCCUACUAUGGGCUAUGGUCCUGGUGGCCAGACCGGUCCAAUGUAUUCCGGACCCAUGAAUAUGAACGCUAUGCCGCAUUACUCGAUGCCAGUAUCGCCUCAGAUGACCCCGAGCGGCCCGUGGCAGAAUGGCCCUGUGCCGCAGCAGUCCCCUUAUUCGGGAUAUGCGACCAUUAACCAGUCGCCAGCGAUGGCGUCCACCAAGUCCUCCCCUGCAUUAAACAGCUAUCCCAUGCCCAACUCUGUUCAAUAUCCACCCAAUCCCGGUUGGUCCACUCCACCUUAUCCUGGCGGUUACCCACAGCCUUCACAUCGCAAUCCUCCUCCGUCUGCGUGGGCCAGCUAUCAAACCCAGCCUCCUACACCCACCUCCUACCCCUAUACGCAAUAUCCCGGGCAGCCGUUGAGUCCCGGAAUGCAGAGCCACUCGGUCGCCCACCCCUUACCGGGAAGCUUUAAUCGGUCACCUUUCAACCCUCAAACCCGUUCGUUUGUCCCCGGCAGCGCACCGUUAGCGAGGCACCCAAGCAAGGGCAGUCAGCAUGGAAUGAAUCCGUACCCUGGCAUUCAACCGGGGAUUCAGCCUCAGUGGCCCGGAUUUCAAGAUGCCAACAACAAGCCUCAAGAAGCGUCUGGCUCGGUUGGGCAUGGUCCGAGUCGCGGUGGUCCUUCGGGAGGUAGAGAUUCCAUUGCAAAGUGGGGGACACCGUCGCAUCUUCCCCCCAAACCGCCACCAUCCGAGGUUCCUUCGGACUUUGACUUGAAGCCGCGGAGUGGCCCUAACUCGACCCAUCCUUACUCGGGCAACACGCUUCCCACCCCCAAGAACGGGCCGCUCGUCGUUUCGGGUGGUGCGACUCUCCCGAGGGUCAACUAGGGUUCUUCUCCCUCUGGCCAUCUGGGGGGUGGAGGGUUGGUUGACUGCUGUUACAAAAGUACAUAUG